UUUAUUUAUUAAUUUGUUUAGAAUUCAUUAUUUUCUAUAUCACUAGAUUUUUCGUAACUCCGCAUACUUAAUUUCAUCUGUAUUUUUGCAGCCGUCGCUGGCGGAAUUGUAUCCAAAAAAUACACACAAAUCUCGGCGAAAAUAAACAAACUAACAAUCCAACCAAGGCGAAAACAAACCGAAUCGAACGAAACUGAAACGGGAAGCUGACGGAUUCCCAGCGGCGGGCCAAGAUACAAAGCGAAGAUACAAAGAUACGUCAAAACGCGCCAAGCGCGCAACGCAGACUGAACCGAAACGAUAUUGAGACCAGGCCAGAAGAUUGAAUUGUGCAGCGUUUUGGGGCAGCUUGGCUUGGGCGGUUGGCGUGUUGGCGUGUUGGGUUGUGGGCGAAAUGUUGGGUGAAAUGGGCCAGCAUCAUGCAUGGGGCAAGGAGCAUGGAGCAUGAGGCAGGACAUGCAAAGGCGCGAAAUCACUAUAGCCUGCGGCACUGUCCUGACCUGCCAUCCUUGCCAUCCGUCCAACCCCCGGCUGAGAAAUCCAUUAACACGGCCCAAAGUAGGGGACAUUCUUUCAUUCAUAAUUCCGACUAGCAAUUUUGUUUACGUUACCGGAUUCUGCGCAGGCGCCUCGCCAAUCUGCCACCUGUUGCAAUUGCAUGGACAUAUUUUUUGGCAGGAAGACGUGUGGCAUGGUCCCGAACUGCCCCGAAAUUUGACUUGCCUGUCAAUCCAAAUAAAUGGCCCCGAAAAUUUAGAUUCUAAUGACUUAAUUGGCCUUGUUUGACGUCUGUAUUUUGGCUAUAAAAGCCUUGCAGGAUUGCCCAAAAUGGCCAAAAAGUCUCAGCCAAGAUGACAAACUUGCCGUUGUAUCGACUGAUUGUUUUCAAUCUCCUGGAAAUCAAUUUGAGGAGUGCAAUGGUAUUUCAUUGCUGGUCGCCUAGGGAGGCAUAUCCUUUGGCCAAAUUGAUGUCUGAGAGCGGCAUUUUUGCACAAUUCAUUGACCUGCAGCAGGACCCCGAACACUUGGCCAACAUACACAAGGACUACUUGGACAGUGAGUUGCCCAAACUGGCUGUCUUUUUGGACUUGGGCUGCGAAAUGGCAGAGUCAGUUACCAAUCAGUCCAGUCGUGCCCGUCUUUACAAUCAAAAUCUUCACUGGCUGCUCUACGACGAGGCUGGUAACUUGACCAAACUAAGCCAUCUUUUCCAUCAAGCCAAUCUCAGUCUGAACGCCGAUGUUACCCACGCCAGUCGCCAGGAGGAGGCGCAGGACACUUUCGUCCUCCGCGAUGUCUACAACAAGGGAAGCCACUUAGGCGGCCAACUCAAUGUCACCAUCGACCGGAGUCUCCAGUGCAAUCAAAGUCACUGCCAGGUGAGGGAUUACCUUAGUGAUUUGCACCUGGGCUCCAAACUGCAACAUCGAAUGGAUUUAUCGAGCAUUACCUUCCGUUUGGCUGCUUUGGUCUCUGUGCUGCCCAUUAACUCCAGUGAGGAGGCUCUCCUGGAGUUCCUCAACAGCGAUAGAGACGCGCACAUGGACUCAAUAUCUCGAAUAGGAUAUAGACUUAUCCUACACUGUCAGGAGGUCUUGGGAUUCAAAAUGCACUAUAUAUGGUGUGGAACUUGGAGUGUCCAGGAUGCCUUUGGUGGAGCUAUUGGAAUGCUAACCAACGAAUCCGCUGAAAUUUGCACCACUCCCUUUGUGCCAUCCUGGAAUCGACUGCACUACGUACAUCCCAUGACGGAACAGGCUCAGUUCCGGGCCGUCUGCAUGUUCCGGACACCCCACAAUGCCGGAAUCAAGGCUGCCGUUUUUCUGGAGCCCUUCAUGCCGAGUGUUUGGUUUGCUUUCAUGGCUCUUUUGAUUUUUGCCGGAGUCAUGUUGUGGCUGAUCUUUCGCCUGGAACGGCGUUGGAUGCAAAAGUGCCUGGACUUUAUGCCAUCAUUGCUCUCCAGUUGCCUGAUCAGCUUUGGAGCUGCCUGCAUCCAGGGAUCCUAUUUGAUGCCUAAGUCUGCUGGGGGGAGACUGGCCUUCAUAGCCGUCAUGUUGACCUCGUUCCUCAUGUACAACUACUACACAUCCAUUGUGGUGGCCAUGCUCUUGGGAUCCCCUGUCCGGUCCAAUAUUAGGACUAUCCAGCAAUUGGCAGACAGCUCUUUGGACGUGGGCUUCGAUACGGUUCCCUUUACCAAGACAUAUUUGGUGUCCUCUCCCCGUCCGGAUAUUCGCAGUCUUUACAAGCAGAAAGUGGAGACCAAACGGGAUCCAAAUAGCGUAUGGCUUUCCCCGGAGGAGGGUGUCAUCAAGGUGCGGGACCAACCUGGUUUCGUCUACACUUCGGAGGCCUCGUUCAUGUACCAUUUUGUGGAGAAGCACUACCUGCCCCGGGAAAUCUCGGAUCUGAACGAGAUAAAGCUGCGACCCGAAAGCGCCGUCUACGGGAUGAUCCAUCUGAACUCCACCUACAGGCAGCUGCUCACCCAGCUCCAGGUGCGGAUGCUGGAAACGGGAAUCACCUCCAAACACAGUCGCUUCUUCAGCAAGACCAAGCUGCAUACCUUCUCCAAUAGCUUCGUGAUCCAGGUGGGCAUGGAGUAUGCUGCUCCGUUGUUUAUAUCCCUUCUGGUGGCCUACUUUUUGGCCCUGGGGAUCCUUCUGCUGGAACUGUCAUGGGCGCGUUGGGGCAGGAGGACAAUCCUCACCCUAAAACUAGCCAGUGACAAAAGACUUUUUAGCCAUCGCUAUCAUUGGUUGAUAUAUGAUGGUUUCAAUAAUUUUUCAAAAAUGAAAACCCAGUUCCAGGAAACCCAAUUUUUCAUCGAUGCUGAUGUUACCUAUGUUAUGAGGAAUAUUUCUAAUAGUUUUAUUCUCUAUGAUUUGCACAACAAAGGAUUACAACUUGGAGGAAAAUUAAAUAUCACUGCAGAUAGAGAAGUAUCUUGUGACAAACAGAAAUGUGAAUUAGAAAGAUAUCUUAGUGAUUUUCAUACAAGAACCCCCUUGCAACAUCGAAGGUCCUUAACUGGCUUGACAAUGAAAGCUACUGCUGUGGUUAAUUUCUUGCCCAUAAAUUCAUCGAAAGAGGAAAUAUUUGCCCUCAUGGAGAACCUAAAUCACGUUCAUGUGGAUACCUACGGCAGAUUGGGUUACCAAUCCCGUCAGCCGCUCAGGGAUAUGUUGGAUUGCCAAUUUGAUUAUAUAUUCAGAGACCGCUGGACAGACGACGGGAAUGUAACUGGUGGCAUGAUUGGCGACCUCAUCACGCAUGUGGCUGACAUUUCCAUAGCCCCGUUCAUCUACUCCUUAGAGAGGGGCUUAUUCCUCCAGCCUUUGACCAGGUUUUGUGUUUUCCGGGAGAUCUGCAUGUUCCGGAACCCUCGAUCGGUAUCCGCCGGUCUGAGUGCCACGGAGUUUCUGCAACCCUUCAGCGGAGGCGUCUGGCUAACCUUUGCUCUGCUUCUCCUCUUCGCUGGGUGCCUUCUCUGGAUCACCUUCCUCCUUGAGCAAAAACGGCAGUGGAAACCUUCGCUCCUGACCACCUGUUUGCUGUCUUUCGGAACUGGCUGUAUUCAGGGGGCCUGGCUAACGCCCCGGUCUACUGGAGGACGGAUGGCCUUCUACGCCCUGAUGGUGACUUCGUUUCUGAUGUACAACUACUACACCUCGAUUGUGGUGUCCAAGCUCCUGGGUCAGCCGGUAAAGUCCAAUAUCCGGACACUUCAGCAGCUGGCGGACAGCAACCUGGAGGUGGGAAUCGAACCUGCCGUAUAUACGCGGACCUACGUGGAGACUUCCGAAGAGGGGGAUGUGCACAGUCUGUACCUGAACAAGGUGGUUGGAAGCAAAAGGUCUCCGGAUCAGAUCUGGCUCUCCACCGAGGCGGGAGUCGAGGCGGUGAGGGAUCGUGCUGGCUUCGUCUACAUCACCGGAGUGGCCACGGCCUAUGCGUUUGUGAGAAAAUACUUCCUGCCCCACCAGAUCUGCGAGCUGAAUGAGAUUCCUUUGCGAGACGCCUCAGUCACCCAUACGGUGGUGGUCAAGGGAUCAUCCUAUGCGGAGCUCUUUCGGUUAAAUGAAAUGAGAAUGCUAGAGACUGGAGUCCAUUUGAAGCACGAACUGUUCUGGAUGAAUACCAAACUCCACUGUUACCAACACAAUCACACGGUAGCCGUGGGUCUGGAGUACGCUGCUCCUUUGUUCAUCCUGCUCCUCGGAGCCAUGAUUGUCUGUGUGGGUGUUCUGGCCCUAGAGGUCCUCUGGCAUCGCCACACAACGCUACGCUAGGGUCUAAAGUUUUAUCAGCAGUUCGUCAAUCCCAUUCAUCGUCAUCUUGUCUAUAACCAGUUUGUUCAAAUGAAAGGAAUCCAAAACUGGACUGAUC